AUGCGCGGUCGAGGGGGCCUGGCGACGCGGUCUUUCUCUGCGGCCCAUCCCCAAGGCCACCGCCGGCCUUCGGACGCGUCCCGGGGUCCCUGCAGCCCGCCGGCGUUCGUUCCAGGAAGCCCCGGCCUGCAGGCCGCCACCUUGAGCGCCCUUCCAUUGCAGGAGGCAGUUUGCCAAGAGGAGUCCUUUGCAGGUUGUCAUUUCCCCAGGACUUCAGCUGCACCUGAGCAGAACAGCCAUGCCAGCCACUCAGCAGGACUUUGAAAAUGCAAUGAAUCAGGUGAAACUCUUGAAGGAGGAUCCAGGAAAUGAAGUGAAGCUAAAACUCUAUGCACUGUACAAGCAGGCCACCGAAGGACCCUGUCAUGUGCCCAAACCAGCUAUCUUUGACAUGAUCAAUAAGGCAAAAUGGGAAGCCUGGAACGCCCUUGGUAGCUUACCCAAGGACACGGCCAGGCAGAACUAUGUGGAUUUGGUGUCCAGUUUGGGUUCGCCGUCUGAAUCCUCUGGCCACGUGAAGCCUGCUGCAGACAGGAGCCAGGCUGGAUAUGAAACCCUGCUGGUGACCUCAGAGGAUGGCAUCACAAAGAUCACGCUAAACCGUCCCACCAAAAAAAAUGCCAUCAGCACCCAGAUGUAUCAAGAAAUUAUGCUUGCACUUGAGGCCGCAGGCAAGGAUGACUCAGCCAUAACCAUUGUCACAGGAAAUGGUGACUAUUAUAGUAGUGGGAACGAUCUGAAUAACUUUGCUGAUGUUCACCCUAGUGAGGCAGAGGAGAAAUCUAAGAGUGCUGCCAUCUUACUGAGGGAAUUUGUAGGCCAUUUUAUAGAUUUUCCUAAGCCUCUGAUUGCAGUGGUGAAUGGUCCAGCUGUGGGAAUCACCGUCACCCUUCUGGGGCUUUUUGAUUUGGUGUAUGCGUCCGACAAGGCGACAUUUCAUACUCCUUUUAGUCACCUUGGCCAGUGUCCGGAAGGAUGUUCCUCUUACAUUUUUCCGAAGAUAAUGGGCUCAGUCAAGGCAACUGAGAUGCUUGUUUUUGGAAAGAAGUUAACAGCCAGAGAAGCAUGUGCUCAAGGACUCGUUAAUGAAGUAUUUCCUGAUAGCACUUUCCAAAAAGAAGUUUGGGCCAGGCUGAAAGCAUAUUCAAAGCUCCCCCCAAAUGCCAUGAGAAUUUCAAAACAGGUAAUCCGAAAUAGAGAGAAAGAAAAGCUACAUGCUGUUAAUUUGGAAGAAUGCAACAUCCUCCAGGAAAGAUGGCAGUCAGAGGAAUGCCGGAACGCGAUCAUGAACUUCUUAUCCAAAAGAACAAAACUGUGAUGUUAAGCAUUUCAGAGGAGAGAGUGGGAUAUGACCUCUGCUUUUCUGAUACUGGAAGUAAAUAAACUUCCACUGUGCCUUUUGUCAGUGCUAAGAUAUCUAUGAUGACAGUUAUAAAUUUAAUGAGAGCCAUGAUGAAAAGAAAAAAAUUACAUAGAACGAGCUUUAAGAACCCACAUAGGUUUUUGGAAUUGGGUGGCGGGCGUUGGGGGGUCUUACAGCUUUCGACAUGAAUUGUUGGUGCCAGAAACACUGAAACAGCCUGCUUGGGUCCCUGCUUUGAAAAGCAUUCAUAGCGUGACAAGCCGAAGUUGUAUCUUGAAACACCACAAUUGCACUUUGCUUUCCACGGGGGGUCACGGACUGAAUCGGGCCAAACGCUGCCAGUCUCUGCAUGACUGACUGAAGGUCUUCUGUGGGUUGCAUGUUCCUUUGCAGCCAGCUAGCAAGGGGACAAAAAGAGGAGUUAGGUUACUAGAAAGUAAAUGAAUAAAUAAGAAUCUUAGUUUCUUUUUUCUUUUUUCACAAUUUAAUAAAGAGGCAUGAAGGGAGACUUGGGUCAUAGGAAAGAAAUGUUCUGUAUCAGUAACUUUACUAUUUCCUUUUUUAUUACAAAAAUCUUCAUUUUUGUUUAAUGUGGUAUUUUAUAAAAGGCUUACCUACAAGAUGCCUUAACUGUUCUUGCAACUUUCUAUUUUUAUUAAUUCCAUGCAUAUCAAUUAAUAGAGACUGAGGGUGUAAUUACAAUGGCUACAAAAUUUGCCUGGAAUAUUUUGCUUUCCUAAAUACCCUCCCUCCUUUUUGGUUUUUCUUUGAAUCAUCAGCAUUCAGGUGCCUAAUCCACUGAGCCUCUGACUUUAUAGUGCUUAAUUUUUUCUUCCAGUAAUCUUGAUCCAAAUCAAAAUCAGACAAAAAAAAAAAAAAAAA